UGCCCGGAGGCUGAUAUCCCGACUUUCCCACAAAUCACAGAAACUUGGAAGGAACUGCCCCUCGUAGACUUAACGGUAAACCAAAGAAAACUUGCGUUCAUCGUCGACUCCGGGGCGACCACGUCCGUUAUGGCACCAAGUAAUUAUUCUGGCCCAAGGGAAAGGUCAACGCCUUCUAUGGGAAUAAACGGGGUAUCAACUCCCACUUUCAAGACUAAUCGCUUGAAGGUUACCGAUGGUACAGGCAGAUUCAUCUGCUCCCAUGCCUUUAGUAUAAUACCCGGGUGCCCAGUAAACCUGCUUGGUAGAGAUCUCUUUGAAAAACUAAGUUUGAGUAUCACAGUGGAUAAGAGGGGGGGAGGACUGAUUGUAGAUUCGCCCUGUUUUUCAGUGGAACCAAAUCUGGAGGUUACUCAGAAAAGCGAAGAUUUUAUUUGUGUAAGUCUACCACUAGACCUACCGAACGAAAUCUGGGCAGAAGGGAAUCAUGACACAGGUUUAAUAGACUGUACCCCGUAUAAAGCCACCCUUAAACCCCAAGCUAUGCCAGUUUACCAAAAACAGUACCCUUUGUCACCAGAGAAAAUAGAAGGAAUCACUCCCCAGGUAGAAGAAUACCUGGAGAAAGGUAUACUGGAGUAUUGUAUCUCAUCUUACAACACACCAGUAAACCCAGUAAAAAAGCCCGAUGGCCAGUACCGUUUUGUUCAAGACCUAAGGGCUAUUAACAACUUAGUUAUUCCCAUCGCGCCAAUAGUCCCAGACAUUAGCGCGCUUCUGGCAACCAUCCCACAUGAAGCCUCCCAUUUUUCGGUUAUCGAUCUGAAGAAUGCCUUCUUCAGUAUACCUGUUGACAAAGAGACAAGGCCCAUUUUUUCUUUUAGCCUUGAUGGAAAGCGCCAAAUGACUUGGUCAAGAUUACCGCAAGGAUAUGUGGACUCCCCCGUGGUUUUUAGCAUUGUACUACAGUCCACACUAAGGCCAUGGAACCCCCCCCAAGGUUCGGUAGUGCUGCAAUAUGUCGAUGACCUGAUGGUCUGCAGCCAAUCAGUGGAAGCCAGCCAGGAAGAUAGCAAGUCAUUGUUAUUGUGGUUGUUAGAAUGUGGAUACAAAGUGUCGAAACAGAAGUUACAGUGGUGUUUAGAAAAGGUGGAAUACUUAGGCUUUGUCUUCUCAAAGGGAGUAAGAAGCUUGAGCAAAUCGCGGGUCGAUGCCAUCGUGGGCCUGGUCACCCCACACACCAAGAAAGACAUGUUAUCUUUCCUUGGGAUGAUAAGCUAUUGCAGGCAAUGGAUACGCGAUUGCUCCUUCUAUGAUAAUAUCUUAAGACAAGCCACGCUAAAAGAUUCCCCCGAUAAUGUUAAAUGGUCAGAAGAAAUGUGUGAAGCGUUUAAGGCAUUGAAAUGUUCAAUGAUGACAAGUCCUGGUCUUGGCCUCCCUGAUUAUAGUCAAAUGUUCCAUUUGUAUGCUAGGGAUAAUUGUAAAACCAUGGCGGGCGUUCUCGGCCAAGAACACGGUGGGAAGAUGCGACCAGUCGCAUUUUUUUCUAAGGUCAUGCCUCUACAAGUCCAGGGUUUUCCUUCGUGCCUCCGAGCACUGGCUACUUGCGCUAUGGUUGUCGAAAUGGCUACUGUUUUCACACUGGGUCACCCUACCACCCUACACACAACACAUGAUGUGUUAUCUAUUCUGAAAGGGAUACACACACAACAUAUGUCUGCCCAGAGACAGAGUGGAUAUGAGAUUAUAUUGCUGAGCAACCCCCAACUAAAAGUCCAGUACAAUUCCACCACGGCAGGACCAGCAAUGAUCUUAAAUGGAUUGCUGGGACUGAAGUCCCAUGAUGACACUAUAGCGGAAGAACACAGUUGUUUAGAAUCUAUAGAAGUCAUGACAUCUCCCAGAUUAGACAUGCAAAAGGCCCCUCUGGAAAGAGGGGAUGUAAUCUUUGUAGAUGGUUCUUGCUCCCGCCCAAAUGACAACACUUAUCAUGCGGGUUAUGCAGUAGUAAAAUUACCUAAUGUUGUCAUCGAGGCGGAACCAAUCAACCACCAGUCAGCACAAGCAGCCGAGUUAAUAGCCUUAACAAGAGCUUGCACUCUAUAUGCCAACCAACCUGUGACUAUAUAUACUGAUUCCAGGUACGCUCAUGGUGUUGUCUUUGACCAUGGAGUAUUAUGGUCCAUCAGAGGAUAUAUAGGAGCCGACGGUAAGCGCAUUUCACAUGCCCAAUUGAUAAAACAAUUGCUAGAUGCCAUAAAACUCCCAUCAGAAUUAGCCAUCAUCCAUUGUAGAGCACACACUCAAGGCUCAGAUGACAUAUCAAAAGGAAACGCCCUUGCUGAUAUCACAGCCAAGUCAGCGGCUAAGACAGUUAUUUCAACUUUCCUGACCAUGCCAACCUUGGUACCUCUCCUCCCAGAUGAAACACAGCUGCUAACUGAUUUGCAAGCUUCCGCUACCCCAGAGGAACUUGCUGAUUGGUGUUUUCCGGUGUUACAAAAGAGUCCUAAAACUGGACUCAUUUGCAAAGAGGGGAGACCAUGCAUCCCACAACAUAGUGCCCCAAUCUACAUAGCACAUGUUCACGGAAUAGGACACAUAGGUUGGAAAGCCACUUUACAACAACUUAAAACAAUGUUUUACAUUACCAAAGUUGAACCUAUGGUAAAAAGUUUUGUUCAGAGAUGCAUAACCUGCAUUAGGAACAACCCCAACAACCCACACAAGGUCAAACACGAGCACCUACCCUAUCCAACAACGCCAUUUACACAUCUACAAAUUGACUUUACACAUCUCCCAGUAAAGGGGGGCACACAGCCAGUUUGUGUAAUAAUAGAUGUUUUCAGUAGAUGGCCAGAGGCAUUCCCUACAAGAAGAGAAGAUGCUAAAACAGUGGUGGGAAUCCUGACAAGAGAGAUAGUCCCCAGAUGGGGAAUACCUAUACAAAUAAACUCAGACCAAGGCCCCGCCUUCACAUCUAAAAUUUGUAGAGAACUGGCCAAGACAUUACAGGUGGAAUGGAAAUUCCACAUUCCCUACCACCCCCAAAGCUCUGGGAUUGUGGAACGGAUGAAUAGGACGAUUAAAGACAAGGUGAGGAAAGCAACAGGUGGAACCUUUUCCAAUUGGAAAAGGUACCUCCCAGCCAUCAUGGCUGAAAUAAGAAUGACCCCUAAUAAAGCCCUAGGGUAUUCCCCCUUCGAAAUUUUGUUUGGUAGACCUUUCCCCACUCCAUGGUCUAGGAAAACUUUUAUGACCAUGGAUAACCUUGAUAACCUGAGAGAUGAAUAUGUAAGGAAGCUGAUCGAAACCUUGGUCCGCACCGAGGAAGAUGUUACUCGCAAAUGUCCUUUUUCUUCACAGGAAAACACACACCCCUUCAGAGAGGGGGACGAAGUAGUGGUCAAGUUACAUCCAAAAGGGAAAAGACCGCAAGACUUCACCUACGGACCUCCCACCAUCAUUGUUGCAGUGACCAGAACAGCAGUCCUGACAGAGAACAGCCCCACCUGGAUCCACGCAACCCGAGUAAAGCUGGUAAAGAAAGGUCCAACCGCAGAAGCAAGUCCAGAAGCAAGUCCAGAAGCAAGUCCGGAUUUAGAGACAAGAGAGGUACUAACGGAGGCAAGUUGCCUUGGCCUUGAAGAGGAAGAUCCGGAAGCAAGAGAGGCACUAACGAGGGCAAGCUGACUUGCCCUGGCCUUGAACAGGAUAAUCAAGAAAAGGGGGUUCCGGAGGCAGACAGCCUUGGCCCUGUAGAAAAAUGACAAUCUUAAUUUCACCGGACUCUGGAAAACUUUGGUUACUCAUAGGACUUACCUCAUUAUCAGUUUUCACCAUAGUAUGGGUUACCACCAACUGUAUUUAUAGCCCAGAAGAUUUAGGGGGAUUGCGAGGUAUUUGUGGUAAAAAUUACAGCGAAGAAAUGCAAAUGCCCCGAGGUAAGAGGAGUAUCCCUUCCAGUAACCUUAGUUCCCAACAAAUAACCAUCGCACAAGUUAGAGAUCAGAUCACCACCAAUGUUAUACAUACCAGGCACAAGAGAGGUACACGACUAUAUAACAAAG